AUGUAUCUUUGGGUAGGCCAUAGUCUCUCCGUCCUCUCCGCUUUAUGGCUGUCACGCUUCUCGAUCGUCAGUGGGGCUGGUGAAUCUGCUUCUGGUGCAGUGGUACCGACAUUGACUGUCUCGAGUUUCCCGCUCUUCUCAACCGCGGUCCUAACUUCCGCAACUCCGCCGCCAUCGAUUCCGUCUGCUACACGCCUUUCCGUUUCCUACACACCCACAACACUGGCGACAGCAUCAAGUUCUACAGCCCAAAAUGCUGUGACUGCAAGUGCUGCUCAAUCCCAAAGAACUGGUAGUCCGACACCCUCGCUCCUGAACCAUACCGAAGUUUUCUUCUGGGGAGGUGAAGAAGGUCAAAACUAUGGCAACGCCGUAGUCGUAAAUCACUGCAAAAUACCGAUGUUUUUGUCAUCUGUUGGGUCACACAGAUUGGGAGGCUUUAGGGAUGCAAACAACGACUCAACCAGCUGGGGCACUAAACCAGAGGAAGACAUACAUCCUAUCAAAGCUGGAGAAACGUAUACCGAACCCUAUCGCACCACUUGCGCGAUAUACGUAAAUAGUACGAAACCUUCAUACUGCUGGCCCGAGGACAAGCUUGGUGGUCAGGGCAUAUCGAUCAAGAUCUCAGCCGAUGAGCAUAACUUCACCAAUAUUCUGCAAUUCGAAUACGCACUCGUGCGAAACCCACUCCGCGGAGAUUCGUAUCGACGCCUGGACUAUGAUAUUUCGCUGUUGGAUUGCGGCAAUCCACUUGUCUACACGCAAGAAUACAAGGUCUACAUCCCAACAAGUUCCACAUCAGGGGCUAUAGCCGUAUCUACAGCCACAGGUGUGGCGCAUAUCGAUGGGUAUCGCGAUGUGUCCCAGCUCACAGAUGCUAAGGCUACUAAUGAAGAUCACACGCUCAAGGUCAAAUACUGUCCGGGAUAUGAGGGUGGCCUCAAUGUGACGUUUUCGAAUGCCCCAAACGCAACAUGUCCACACUUAAUUUGUGAUGAUCACGAGAGGGGGAGGCGACUAAGGCCUGCAACGAGGUGUAUCACGGUGACAUUGUUCUUCACCUCUGUGCUGGUUUGGUAG